GUUCUCCUCCCACUCCUUCCCAUUCCUUUUCUGAACAUUCUUGAGCUGUGCUCUUUAGUUUAAUCCUUUAAUAUCUUGUUCGCAUCAACUCGUUCGAUCAUCCCACAUCAUCCAGCAAAAUGAAGCCCGUCGCCUUCCUCGUCUCGGCUCUUGCCACGCUGACCGUCGCCGCCCCCGCCCCCGCGGCCCCCUCCGCGGACCUGGACAAGCGCUCCUUUGCCUUCGAUCUCAAUGCAUUCAACAAUCUCCAGGGCUUCCAGCAGGUGAAUUUGAACUACCUGCUCAACAUCAACUCCCUCCAGCUCCAACUGCUCGGCAACCUGGCCAACACCAACAACCUCAACAUCCUGCAGUUCCAGCCGCUGUUCUCCCAGCAGGUCUUUGACCUUCAGUCCCUGCUUCAGCUGCAGUCGCUGCACACCUUUCUGCAGGUCUCUCAGCUUGGCGUUCUGAGCGGCUUCGACCUCUCCUCCCUCCGGCUGGCGCAGCUCAACCUCGGCCUCCUCAACAACGUCGGCGUGCUCGAUCUGCAGCAGUUCAUCUCUCCCAACGUGGUCACCCAGGUCCAGACCGUAGCAUCCCAAGUCGUCGUCCCCAAGCAGUAAUCAUCUCCCGUUACUCGAUCCCUAAACACGACACUCGCGGCCACUUGCUUCUGCCCUUCUCCAGCACAAGCGGGCGUGGCAGGAUACGAUCGAAAAAUGUAGGAAACGGUGAUGGAAUUCGAAAGCUGUUGCGAACGUUGGCUGGUCAUCAUUUAUCUA